CUCUGAUCGACGGCCGAGGCGGCUAAUGAGGCCUGAGGAAGAGCGGGGCGGGCCCACGGCGGAGCGGCGCCCCGGGGGUGUCGCCAGUGCCGGAUGAGGAGACGCGGAGGGGAAGUUUGGUCGCCGCCGCCGCGGGCCCUGUGAGGAGCAGCCGCCGCCGGGAGAGCGGGAGCGUGGUGUGUCCCCGUCCCCCUCCCCCCCCCCCCCCCGCCGCCGCCGCCGCCAUGGGGAACCGGGGCAUGGAGGAGCUGAUCCCGCUGGUCAACAAGCUGCAGGACGCGUUCAGCUCCAUCGGGCAGAGCUGCCACCUCGACCUGCCGCAGAUUGCCGUGGUGGGCGGGCAGAGCGCGGGCAAGAGCUCGGUGCUCGAGAACUUCGUGGGCCGGGACUUCCUUCCCCGGGGCUCUGGAAUUGUCACUCGGCGGCCUCUCAUCCUGCAGCUCAUCUUCUCCAAGACAGAAUAUGCCGAAUUUUUGCACUGCAAAUCCAAAAAGUUCACAGAUUUUGACGAGGUGCGGCAGGAGAUCGAAGCGGAAACCGACAGGGUGACGGGAACGAACAAAGGCAUCUCUCCCGUCCCCAUCAACCUCCGCGUCUACUCGCCGCACGUGUUGAACCUGACUCUGAUCGACCUCCCGGGUAUCACCAAAGUGCCGGUGGGGGACCAACCGCAGGACAUCGAGUACCAGAUCAAAGACAUGAUCCUGCAGUUCAUCAGCAGGGAGAGCAGCUUGAUCCUCGCCGUCACGCCGGCCAACAUGGAUCUGGCCAACUCGGAUGCGCUCAAGAUGGCAAAAGAAGUCGAUCCUCAAGGCUUGCGGACGAUCGGCGUCAUCACCAAGCUGGAUCUGAUGGAUGAAGGCACAGAUGCCAGAGAUGUGCUGGAGAACAAGCUGCUUCCUCUGCGAAGAGGCUACAUCGGCGUCGUUAACCGAAGCCAGAAGGACAUCGACGGUAAGAAGGACAUCAGGGCAGCGCUGGCGGCCGAGCGGAAGUUCUUCCUCUCUCACCCGGCUUACCGGCACAUGGCCGACCGGAUGGGCACCCCGCAUUUGCAGAAGGUCCUCAACCAGCAACUGACCAACCACAUUCGGGAGACGCUGCCUUCGCUGCGCAGCAAACUCCAGAGCCAGCUGCUCUCCCUGGAGAAGGAGGUUGAGGAGUACAAGAACUUCCGCCCCGAUGACCCCACGCGAAAAACCAAAGCUUUGUUACAGAUGGUCCAGCAGUUCGGUGUGGACUUUGAGAAGCGAAUCGAAGGUUCGGGAGACCAGGUGGACACGCUCGAGCUCUCCGGGGGUGCCAGAAUCAACCGCAUUUUCCACGAGAGAUUUCCUUUUGAGCUAGUGAAGAUGGAGUUUGACGAGAAGGAUUUGAGGCGAGAAAUAAGCUACGCGAUUAAAAACAUCCACGGCGUGAGGACGGGGCUCUUCACGCCCGACAUGGCCUUUGAAGCCAUAGUGAAAAAACAGAUUGUAAAGCUUAAAGAGCCCAGUUUGAAGUGUGUUGAUCUGGUGGUCUCAGAGCUGGCCACGGUCAUUAAAAAGUGUGCCGAAAAGCUUGGUUCCUACCCCAGGUUACGAGAGGAGACGGAGAGGAUCGUCACCACUCACAUCAGGGAACGGGAAGGCAAAACGAAGGACCAGAUUCUCCUGCUGAUCGACAUCGAGCUCUCUUACAUCAACACUAACCACGAAGACUUCAUCGGAUUUGCCAAGAGAGACAGCGCGCAGCAAAGGAACACCCAGACGAACAAGAAAAGAGCCAUCCCCAAUCAGGGUGAGAUACUGGUGAUCCGCAGGGGCUGGUUGACCAUCAACAACAUCAGCAUCAUGAAAGGCGGCUCCAAGGAGUACUGGUUCGUGCUGACGGCCGAGUCGCUCUCCUGGUACAAGGACGAGGAGGAGAAAGAGAAGAAAUACAUGUUGCCUUUGGAUAAUUUGAAAAUCCGCGACGUGGAGAAGGGCUUUAUGUCUAACAAGCACGUCUUUGCCAUCUUCAACACGGAGCAGAGGAACGUGUACAAAGAUCUCCGUCAGAUCGAGCUGGCCUGCGACUCCCAGGAAGACGUGGACAGCUGGAAAGCCUCCUUCCUCCGGGCCGGGGUUUACCCGGAGAAAGACCAAACCGAGAACGAGGACGGCGCCCAGGAGAACACCUUCUCCAUGGACCCCCAGCUGGAGCGCCAGGUGGAGACCAUCCGCAACCUCGUCGACUCCUACGUGGGCAUCAUCAACAAAUCCAUCCGCGACCUCAUGCCAAAGACGAUCAUGCACCUCAUGAUCAAUAACACCAAGGAUUUCAUCCACUCGGAGCUCUUGGCUUACCUGUACUCCUCGGCCGACCAGAACAGCCUGAUGGAGGAGUCGGCCGACCAGGCGCAGCGGCGGGACGACAUGCUGCGCAUGUACCACGCUCUGAAAGAAGCCUUGAACAUCAUCGGCGACAUCAGCACCAGCACCGUCUCCACGCCGGUGCCCCCGCCCGUGGACGACACGUGGCUGCAGACCGGCAGCGGGCACAGCCCCCCGCCUCAGCGCAGACCUCCCUCCGCCGUCCUGCCGCCGGGCCGGCCGCCGGCUGUGAGGGGGCCGACGCCGGGGCCCCCCCUCAUCCCCAUCCCCGUGGGGGGACCCUCGUCCUUCGCGGCUCCCCCCAUCCCCUCCCGCCCCGGACCCCAGAACAUCUUCGCUGCUAAUAACGACCCCUUCUCAGCCCCUCCUCAGAUCCCGUCGCGGCCGGCACGCAUCCCCCCCGGCAUUCCUCCCGGCGUGCCCAGCAGGAGACCCCCGGCCGCGCCGACCCGGCCCACCAUCAUCCGACCGGCCGAGCCCUCCCUGCUCGAUUAACCGCCCGGGAGCCCCCGCGCCUGCUGGUUUUUGGAAGGAGAUUGGGUGGGGGGGGGAAGGAGAAAGGCGGGGGGGGGGGGAAAGAAAGGAGGAAGGGGGGGGAAAAAAAAAAAACCCAAACCCAACCCACGCCCCGCCUCUAAUCUCUUGUUUUUAAACCAUCCCACCCAGAGCAGCCCCCCGAUGUGCCGCCCCCCCUGUAUAAUAAACCGCGGAGGAUUAUA